AUGUGGGUGGCUUCUACAACCGACGUGCUUCUACCUCGACCCGAUGCUCUGACCCGAUUGAGCUAUCCUUACCCGACCCGACUCGCCCACUCUCCCAAAGCCUCGCCGUUUUCUCGCUUCUUCCAGUCUCCGGCGAGGAAGAAGCGGGUUACGCCAUUGAAGACGAAGAAACUAGAUGGAGAUCACGAGAAAUCGCCACUCUCGCCGGAGCAUCCUUCCGACGAGAAGAUGGAGAAAUUUUCCGCUGAUUUGGGAUGGUUAUCGGCUUUUCCUCAUGUAUCAGUAGCUUCUAUGGCCAAUUUUCUCUUUGGUUAUCACAUUGGAGUGAUGAAUGGCCCUAUCGUCUCUAUUGCGCGAGAACUUGGCUUUGAAGGCAAUUCUAUUCUUGAGGGUCUUGUUGUGAGCAUAUUUAUUGCUGGUGCAUUUAUCGGAAGCAUAAGCUCCGGGUCACUAGUUGRCAAGCUUGGCUGCAGGCGUACCUUUCAAAUUGUCACAAUACCACUAAUUCUUGGUGCCCUUGUGAGUGCACAAGCUCACUCCUUGGAUGAGAUAUUAUGUGGAAGAUUUCUUGUUGGUCUUGGUAUUGGCGUGAACACAGUUCUCGUUCCUAUUUAUAUUUCAGAGGUUGCUCCGACAAAAUACAGGGGUUCUCUUGGAACUUUAUGUCAAAUUGGCACUUGUCUCGGGAUUAUCUUUUCUCUUCUCUUAGCAAUUCCUGCAGAAAAUGACCCUCAUUGGUGGAGGACAAUGUUCUAUGUAGCGAGUGUGCCUGGUUUUCUUCUUGCAUUCGGUAUGCAAUUUGCAGUAGAGAGUCCCCGUUGGCUUUGUAAGAUUGGACAACUGGAUGAUGCCAAAGUAGUAAUCAAAAACAUCUGGGGGGAGUCUGAAGUCGAGAAAGCUGUAGAAGAUUUUCAGUCGGUUAUGAAGAAUAAUGGCUCUGACUUAGAUAGUAGAUGGUUGGAACUUCUCGAUAGACCGCAUUCACGAGUUGCAUUCAUUGGGGGCACCCUUUUUCUCCUUCAGCAAUUCGCGGGCAUAAAUGGUGUUCUUUAUUUCUCAUCUUUAACGUUCCAAAACGUUGGAAUCACGAGUGGUGCUCAAGCAAGUCUAUAUGUCGGAGUCACAAAUUUUGCAGGUGCUAUGUGUGCAUCUUAUUUGAUUGAUAAGCAAGGAAGAAAGAAGCUUCUUAUUGGUAGCUACUUGGGAAUGGCGGUUUCUAUGUUUCUUAUUUGUUGUUCUGUUGGUUUCCCCUUGGAUGAAGAUCUGAGCCAGACUUUGUCAGUACUUGGAACACUCAUAUAUAUAUUCAGUUUUGCAAUUGGAGCUGGUCCUGUGACUGGUCUCAUAAUCCCUGAGCUAAGCAGCAGCAAAACGCGUGGGAAAAUAAUGAGUUUCAGCUUCUCUGUACACUGGGUCUGCAACUUCUUUGUUGGUUUGUUCUUCUUGGAUCUGGUGGAGAAAUUUGGAGUUGGACAGGUCUAUGCCGGCUUUGGCGGCGUAUCAUUAAUGGCAGCGGCGUUCUCAUACCGCUUCACGGUGGAGACAAAGGGUCGAUCACUCGAAGAGAUUGAAUUGUCUUUAAACUCCAGAGACGACCUCAGUUAA